GAACGACGCUUCUCGAUGUCAUAGUUAUCUUUAUCCCAUUUAAUGAUAAACUGGUUGAUAAUCUCUAUCAGUGGCAUAUUGGGAUUUGGAUUGUUAUCCUUUACGUCAUCAAUGAUCAUGUCUGCAUUUCGUAAUCUAGCUUGGUUUUCAAAAGGGAUGCGUGAAUACACAAAGUCAGGCUAUGAGUCAGCUGCUUCACAUUUUGAUCCUAAUGAGUUGAAAAAUGUACGCUUAGACAAUCACCGUGUUUUGAUAACUGGAGCCAAUUCAGGGAUCGGCCUCGUGUGUUGUAAAGAAUUAGCGAAACAUGGUGCAGAAAUCCAUAUGGUUUGUCGCAGUAAACCUCGUGCUGAAGAGGCACGUCAACAGAUAAUCUCUGAAGCUGGAGUCAAUGAUUCGCGUAUCAUUAUUCAUCCAUUGGAUCUUUCUAAACCGAAUGAUGUCCGCAAUUUUGGAAAACAAUUUGCUAACAAUAAUGAUUCACGUCUAGAUAUUUUGAUUAAUAAUGCUGGUUGCAUGAUUAAUGAAUAUAAAACUGAUGAAAACGGCAUAGAAGCUAAUUUCGCCACAAAUACACUUGGUACUUAUAUACUUACUGAAAGUCUAAUACCUGCAUUAAAAAAAUCACCUGAUGCUCGUGUUAUUACUGUUAGCUCAGGUGGAAUGUUAGUACAGAAAUUGGAUCAUGCUGACCCAAUGCUUACAACUAGGCACAACAAAUUUGAUGGAACAAUGGUUUAUGCACAAAAUAAACGUCAACAAGUUGUUAUGACUGAAAUGUGGUCUAAGAACUAUCCAGAAAUAUUCUUCUGUUCAAUGCAUCCUGGUUGGGCUGAUACACCAGCUGUCGCACUGUCUAUGCCAUCAUUUUACAAUAAAAUGAAAAAUAAACUGAGAACACCAGAACAAGGUGCAGAUACAGCGAUCUGGUUAGCAGCGGUACCAAAUGUGAGAAGAUUCCAAAACGGUUCUUUCUUCCAAGAUCGUCAAGUAGUUAGUCAACACCUAAAAUUAGCUUGUACACAUUCAAAGGAUGAUGAGAAACGUAAAUUCAUGUCUAAUUUAGCUGAUAUUGCAGCACCUUUUUUUAAAUAAACUCUACCCUAGUCGGUAAAAAAAAAUUUUCACCGCUUAUAUUUAAAACAGAUGUGUUCGAGUUUUAUUCCUUAUGCUGCGUAGUUAUGGGCUAUUUUUUUAGUUAGUUUGUCUUUUUUUACCACAACUAAUUUAUUCUGUGCUUCAAUUUAUCUUAUAACUUUAGUUUUUUCUAUGUGGAUGUGUAUUUCAAUUCAGGGAGUAUAAAUAGUGUGUUGCUCAAUUGUGAUAUUAUAUAAAUGAUCAUUUGCCGUUGUUUCUUUUUUCGUAAACUCCAUAAUGUGUGAGUUCUACAUGACAAUACAAGACACUUUCAAUAUUUACAAUGUAGUUUUAAAUAUUCAAUUCAACUUUUUAUAUAAAUUUAUAUCUCUCAGGGCUAUUCUUUUACAAAUUCUAAUGGUAUAUCAUUACUAAUCUUCUCAAUAUAUAUAUAUAU